AUGCGAGUUGCAUUGCUAAACGAUCCAUCUGCCGAACUGUUCUCCAAUCAACUGCUAACUAUCGGUAAUGGUCAUGUUCCUGUCGACGCAUCGAAUGGAUUCAUUUCGUUUCCGCCAAAUUUUUGCAAUUUCGUCUCAACGAAAGAGGAGCUCAUCAACAAAGUGUUUCCGAACAUCAUUGCUAACCACAAAAACUACGAUUGGUUGAGUGAAAGAGUAAUUUUAGCAGCAAAGAACAAGGAUGUGGAUCACUUAAACUUCAGAAUUCAAAAUCAAAUCGUUGGGACACUGCAUUCCUUCAAAUCUAUCGACUGUGUAACAAACGAAGACGAAGCAACCAACUACCCAACUGAGUUCUUGAAUUCAUUGGAUGUGCCUGGCUUGCCACCGCACAAUUUACAAUUGAAGGUUGGUUCAGUCGUCAUCAUGCUCCGCAAUCUCAACCAACCAAAAUUAUGCAACGGAACGCGUUUAGCGGUCACAAAACUCAUGGCCAAUGUGAUUCACGCGAGACUACUAAAAGGAAAAUUCAAAG